UCCGCAUUUUCAAUAAAUACUCUCUCAAAACCCAUUCAAAUUAUCUCAUCUCUUUCCUCAAGCUUCUCAAGAACAAAACAAACAGACAAACACAGCAAAGAACUAAGCUUUCUCAAUCAAUGGCUCGUACCAAGCAGACUGCUCGCAAAUCGACCGGAGGCAAGGCCCCAAGGAAGCAGCUGGCGACUAAGGCGGCAAGGAAGUCGGCUCCAGCGACAGGAGGUGUGAAGAAGCCUCAUCGGUUCAGGCCAGGAACUGUUGCUCUGAGAGAGAUCAGAAAGUACCAGAAGAGCACUGAGCUUCUCAUCAGGAAGUUGCCUUUCCAGAGGCUUGUCAGGGAAAUCGCUCAAGAUUUCAAGACUGAUCUUCGUUUCCAGAGCAGCGCCGUCUCCGCUCUUCAAGAGGCUGCCGAGGCUUACUUGGUGGGUGUUUUUGAGGACACUAACCUUUGUGCCAUUCAUGCCAAGAGAGUCACUAUCAUGCCUAAAGAUAUCCAGCUAGCUCGAAGAAUCAGGGGAGAGAGAGCUUAAGAAUGAUAAGACUUAGAAAUGUAUUGUAAACCCUUCUUUUUGUUUUAUUAGGAUCUAAUCUUGUUCUGUUUUUGUAUUUAUUAAGAAUCUAAUGAAAAUAUUAGUUAUGGCUAUUAAGCUUCAAA